AUGAAUGCCCUUACCUCAUCACAGCUGCUAGCUCUCGCGCUCCUCCUAGCACCGCCGAGCUUAGCAGCAAUCGAAAUGAAGGCGUUCUCUGACAAUCUCUGCGGUGUCAGUGGCGGCAACAUCGUGGAGGCUAUCAUGGCGGGCCAAAUUGCCCCUGUCACCAUCUGCGGCAAUUCCAAUGCCUUCCUAUCAGUCCUUGUCCCUCCUGGGUCUUCCAGCGACGGCUUCGUUUGCGAAGUCUACUCCGACAUCGCCUGCAAGGAUUCUGUGAAAGUGAUCAGCGUCGAGGGCUGUCAGCCCAUCCCGGGACAGUCGAUCCUGUGCUUCGAUCCGAAGUCUCCUGACCGUCCGGACACCGCGUUGUCCGCGGCAGUCAACGUCGGAACGCAGAAGACAAGCAUUAUUGGCAGCACCACCGUAGACAGCUCGCUCAAUAAGGCAAAGAGCCAAGUCUGCAACGAUAUUGGCUGUGAGAAUUCGGAUGUAUUCACCACCUCCUUUGAGACCUUUGGCGAGGGUGAUAGCCGGUGUCGACAGAAAGUGCGGUUCACCGAGGGGAAUUACGACAGCGCCGAGCAGCGAGACUACAUGGUGUCGCUGCUCGCUGCGGCGCUCAACACCAUGGUCGAUGCUGACCCUCAGAAAGUUGGUGGACCGAAUGGAGGGGGAGAGCUUCGAGGAGUCCCUAAUUUUGCGCAAGUGAUCAUCAAUGAUAAGCAGGGGAACAAUCGUGCCGAGAUGAAGGUUGAGAUCGAGACCAAAUGUGACUCAGGUGAGAGUGACGAUGGAACUGGUGCUUGUGAUAACGAUCUGGCGGGUAUAGCGGAGGCUGCGUUGGGCGUUAUUGCCACGUUUGGUGGGUUUGCCGUGCUGGGGUUCAAGGUAGUGUGUGCGAUUGCUUAA